UGCAUUCACUCAUCAAUUGUUUGUUCAAUCGAUAGCUUUGGCGCCGAAGAAGUGCGGCUUUACGACCGACACAUCAAUGACACUCAUCUGCGGGAAUGCCUGCAAUCACUACUUAAACGAUACGAUCAAUUGGAGAGCGCCGACAGCGCCAACAAUAGGCCGCUAUUUGAGUCCAUUUACUUGAUUUACAAUUUAGGCUCAAAUGACGCUCUUUUACGGUACGGAACGCUUCCCUUAAGACUUCAAAGGCAUGGAUUGGUCCGCAAAUCGUAUCGAUUAGCACUCAAUUAUGACAAACGCCUCUAUUAUCAGUGCAUACAAACGUUGACCGCCAUUAAGCCGCCAAUUCUGGCUUUAUUGGCCUCAACAAAACUGCCAAAACUCUUUCAUAUGGCCAUCAAAACCAUGAGUUUUGCAUACCAUUCGCCAAACACUAAGUUUCCCGUCUCUACAGUUAGCCAAUGGUUGUGUCCCUUCGAGAGUAACGCACAAACAGCCGAAGAGUAUAUCGAAAAAUUAUGUCAAUCGUAUGGCUUAGUUGUGGUGAACGGAUCCGUUGGAUUUAACAAAACCAAAUUUGCAGAAACCCCUCAAUUGUUCGCAAACCAAAAGUGGAGUUCAUUUGAAUUCAAACUGAAAGAACUGUCGCUUCCAUCACUUCUGAGAGGAAGACACGAAUUGUCUUAUUGUGAAGAAUGACACCAAUAGUGUUGUUGUGAAGAAUAGUCUCAAUAGUAACCAAUUGUUCAAAAGUUAGGUCUAUAUUAAUGACAUAUUGUUUAAUUAUCCCAAAGAUCACUCAAUUCAAC